AGCAGCCCGCCCUCCUCCUCCUGCUGCUCAGAUCAGAUCUGACAGUCAGUCCGCAGAGCUGAGCGGGCGCGCAGUGGAGCAGCACCGGGACUUUGGUGUCUAAAGCGCGGGUGCUGAAGCUCUGGAGAUGCCUUUUGUCCUUGGAGAUCUUUUAACCAACUCCCAGAGGAUCCGCGUUUAGGCUGGCUUGAAAAAGUGUGGAAUAAGGAAGCGAGAGGAAACGCAGCGCGCGCGCCAGGAUGCUCCGGUUCGGUCUCACGUUGACAGCAGUGAUACAUUUGGUGCUUCUGGCAUGCGUGUUGUCCUUCAACGUGGACCAGAAGAAUGGUUUGUCCUUCAGUGGUCCUGUGGAGGACAUGUUUGGCUACACAGUCCAGCAGUUUCAUAACAGCGAAGGGAAGUGGGUUCUGAUUGGAUCGCCGCUGUCAGGCCAACCAGCAACACGAACCGGGGAUGUGUACAAAUGUCCUGUGGGAAAGCAAGAUAACAAGUGUGUGAAACUGGACCUGCCAAAAAACACAACUAUUCCCAAGUUACGUGAGGUCAAAGAGAACAUGACCAUGGGAACUACAUUGGUGACCAAUCCCACAGGAGGAUUUCUGGCAUGCGGUCCUCAGUACGGCUACAUGUGCGGCCAGCAGCAGUACAUCUCAGGGGUCUGUGCGAACGUCAGCUCCUCCUUCCAGAUCCUCAACUCCGUGGCUCCAGCAGUGCAAGAGUGUGCCAAGAAUCUGGACAUUGUCAUCGUCCUAGACGGAUCCAACAGCAUCUACCCGUGGAGCAGCAUCGUUGACUUUUUGGUCAGCUUCAUUCAGAACACCACCAUCGGGCCAAACUUCUCACAAGUGGGCAUAGUGUCUUACGGAGAAAAUGUGAGUCACCUCGUCAACCUGAGCCAGUUUGACAGCAAUACAAUAAUGGUGGAUUAUGUCAAAACCCUUCCUCAGCACACCGGCACAAAGACCAACACUUUUCUCGCCAUUGAAACAGCCAGGAAGGAAGCCUUCCUUCCAGAGCGCGGUGCUCGGCCCGAGGCAAAGAAAGUCAUGGUGAUUGUGACUGAUGGGGAGUCACAUGACUUCCAUAAACUCGACAGUGUCAUCGCCGAAUGUGAUGAAGAUGGUAUCGAAAGGUUUGGCAUUGCUGUUUUAGGAGACUACAACCGUCAGAACAAAAGCCCAGCAGAUGUAAAAAAGUUUAUCCAAGAGAUCGAGGGGAUUUCCAGCAAGCCCCUAAAAGAUCACUUCUUCAACGUGUCUGAUGAGGUUGCCUUGCUGAGCAUCGUGGACACUCUGGGAAGCAAGAUUUUUGCUUUGGAAGCAACAAUUGGUAAUUUCACCUCCUCCUUUGAGAUGGAGAUGUCCCAAACUGGCUUCAGCAUUCAUCCUUUAAGAGACGGCAUGUUAAUGGGAGCAGUGGGAGCGUAUGACUGGAAUGGGACGGUGGUGCUGCAAACUGCAAAAGAAUCUGUCAUUCCAGGGAAAACUCAGUUUUAUGACCCGAAGUCUGAGGCUGGAUAUGAGGGCUUGGCUGGAUACCUGGGAUACGAUGUCAAGUCGGCGACUACCCGUGAUGGAGAGCUGUACAUCACAGGAGCCCCGCGGUUCAACCACACAGGGCGGGUCAUUAUCUACCGUCUUAAUGGGUCGGACGUCGUCAUCUCACAGAUUCUGAAGGGAGAACAGAUUGGUUCGUACUUUGGUAGCGUUCUUCAGACCAUCGACAUCGAUAAAGACGACUACACUGACCUCCUUUUGGUCGGAGCUCCGAUGUUCAUGGGCCCAGAAAGAGACGAACAGGGACAAGUCUACGUCUAUAAACUAAACCAGAAGGGUCAGUUUGAGCACGAGUUCACCUUGAAGCCCAAAAACCAGUUGUGUUGCCCCAAGGGCUCGAGCGAUUGCAACGAGCCGUGCGGGGCUCGCUUCGGUACGGCCAUCGCAGCAGUGCUGGACCUCAACCUCGAUGGGUUCAACGAUGUGGCAAUCGGGGCUCCUCUGGAGAACAACCACAAGGGAGGCGUCUACAUCUAUCAUGGAGAUAAGACGUCGCUGAAAGAGAAGUUUGUUCAGCAUAUCCCUGCAGGCGGCAGCGGGACAAAAUUCUUCGGCCAGUCCAUACAUGGAGUCAUGGACCUAAAUGGAGACGGGAUCACAGAUGUUACCAUAGGAGGUCUCGGAGGAGCUUCACUGUUCUGGUCCAGAGAUGUUGCAGAGCUGCAUGCAAACAUGUCUUUCAACCCCGGUAAAAUCAACCUACAGCAGCCUCAGAACAAGUGCGAACACAGAGGACUGAAGUCUGUGUGUGUGGUGACCACAUUCUGCUUCCACUACAGGGUCAAAUCUGAUAACCACGACUUAAAACCUGCAAGUAUCAAUUAUACCUUACUUCUGGAUGCUCCUCGGAAAACAGCCAGGGCUUUGUUUAUCAUCGACAGCAAGAAAAGUAACAACACCAUCACCAAGAACUUCGCCAUCAACAACGAAGAAGCAAAAUGCAUGAAUGAGACCUUCAUCAUGUCGUCCCGGUUGGACUUCCGGGAUCCUCUCUUUGUCUCUUUGGAGUUUAAACUGGCUGAUGAAGAACAAGGUCCUGUUCUGGAUGAAAACCUCCCCAGAUUCAUCAACAAAACAAUUCCACUGAUGGAGUGUGGAAAUGAGGAUCAAAGGUGCAUCACUGACCUCGUCCUCAAAGCAAAGGCCAGUGUGAAAAGCGUUGUGGUCAAAGACGGUGUGAAGAUGUUCGUACACGUCACCGUCAAGAACAAAGGAGACAACGCGUACAACACCAAAGUCCUGGUCAGUUUUACCCCAAACAUCAACUACGUCAAAGUGGAGCCGGAGAUGACAUGCAACCUGAACAACACAAGUGGUUUGGAUUGUGCCGUUGGAUACCCCUUCCUGGGCAGCAGAGUGGAGGAAACAUUUAAACUGAUCUUUGAGGCGAAUCCUAAUCAUGUCCUGGAGCAUAUUCAGAUCAGUGUGACAGCCACCAGUGACAGUGAGGAGCGACCUGAAACCCUGAUCGAUAACAGCGCCAUCAUCUCCAUUCCUGUCAAGUAUGAGGCAGGAAUCACAUUUGAAGCCGUUCCUUUGCAUGAACACAUAAUAGUGAAAUAUGGUGAAGAUUAUCCUGCAAAAAUCAACAACACCAAGAUGCUCGGAGAGGAAAUCAGCAUCAGCUACACGGUGGAGAAGUCAAGUGUGAUCACAAAUCUGUCACUUGAGCUUAAAGUGAAAUAUCCUCAGAAGUCUCCUCUGACCAACAAUUUACUGUAUCUGACAGAGGUCAAGCCCAGUUCAAAGGUGAAAUGUAAGACAGGAAAUCUUAUCAACCCAGAAGACAUCAAUCCAAAGGAAAUCAAGCUAAACCCCAAACAGGAAACUCUCAGUAACUUCCUCUUGCAAUGUGAACAGUCAACCUGUGCAUCAUUCAGCUGUUCCAUUGGUCCAGUCCGGAGGAGUCAAGUCAACGUUACCUUCAGGGUCUGGAAACCGACCUUCAUAAAGAGCGAGUUCUCCAGCCUCUACAUGAAGGUAAAUGCUACUCUAGAAGUGAAGGAGGCCCCGCUGUUUGAACUGGGCACCAGCAGAGGCCCCAGAGAGAUGACAAUCCAUGUUUCUAAAGAGGUUGUGGGAGGAAUUCCUUUUUGGAUAAUCAUCGUCAGCAUCCUGAUAGGACUCUUGAUCUUAGCGCUUGUCAUCUUCAUUCUCUGGAAGUUGGGCUUCUUUAAAAGAAAAACCCAGGAUAUGUCAAAGGAUGAGAAGGAUGGAGGCAAGGACACAUCCACCAUUUAGGUCACAAGCGGGGAGGGGGGGGGUCCCGGCCAACCAAAAAGAUGACCCACAGACACCUCAGUGCUUUUACACAUCAACUACCUGGAAAACGCAGUUAUACUAUCACCACUUGUCUGCUUUGGUUUGUCAGAUAGUAUUAGAAAAUGCUUCCAAUGUUUUCUUUUUUUAACACAAGGCUUAAAGACUUAAAAGAGGAGGGAUGCUCCAUUUUUACUCCACAAGGGGGGGGUCCAAAGUGAUCUAAAUUCACUGCAGCUUCAUCACCAAAUCAGAGCAGUCUCUCUUAUUUCUUUGGCUUUUAUUUUGAAAAUAACUUGCUUGAAACACUGUAUGUUUAAGUAUUUCAUAGCCUUUUAUUGUUGUUACUAAAAUUGAAAAUUGUAACAUGGCACAGUUUUUCUUUUUUUUUGUUUUAAUCAAAGAAAGGUAAUGCAAUAUUUCACAUUUUAAGAAAGCUGCAGCACUGAGAGCAGCGCCGCCUUCACAAUCCAAAGAUUGUAUUGUACAUAGACGUGCUCGCAGAUGUAAAGCUUCAAACUGUACAGAAUUAUGUUUGCAAUUUAUUUAAGUUUUGUUUUUUAUGGUCAUUUAUGAAUUUGCUCAGGUGCAACUACUAUAACAAAUGGUAUAGUUUUCAUUUGACACAAAAUAGUUUUGUCUCUUGCCACAAGCGUAUGCAGAUAUGUAAAUAGUGUUAUAUUUUGAUAAAAAAAAUGAGUGGAAAGUUUAAUUAUUCUAUGCAGAAAUAUAAAAAGAGAUGAUUGUAGCCACUAUUUUGAUUUUAGUUCAAUCAAAAAUUUUUUAGCUUUUAAUUUGAAAUUGAGGUUUGUGCUUUUCUGAUUUCCUCAGCAGGAAGAAGACAUUUUUUUCUAUAUUUUGAAUAUCUUGGCUAUCACAGUCUACUGUUAACAUAAAGCACAUGUUAUAAAUUGUAUAUACAGGUUUUGAGCGUUGUGUGGCCACACUGCAUUCAUGCACGAUAGGAAGUGAAAGGGCAGAAAGUGAGCUGUGGGCUCCCGGCUCGCCUUUGACACUGCUGUGAAGCCUUCAUUCAAAUGCACUGGUUUGUCAAACUGUCCUCGUCAGCACAGAAAUUAACAUGAAAUAAAGACAUUUUACAGAAAA